GCGCCGGGGCGAGCGAGGCUGGGAGGGUGCGGGAGCCCGGGCCUGGUGCUGGGGGUGGGCCCGGGGCGAGCCGGACCCCGGGAGCGGGCGGGCUGGCGGAGCUGGAUGUGCGGCGCUGGGAGCCGACCCUGAGCUCGCCCCGCGUGGGGAGAGCCGAGCGCAGGGGGCGUCAGAGCCGGAGGCGGAGGAGUGAAGUCAGGGCUGAGUGGGCGGAAGAGAGCCUGGGCAAAGACAUGGCCACUUAUCGCUCAGUAGGACACGUGCAACUGCCCCGGGCUGAUGCCAUUCGUUCCCGACUUAUUGAUACUUUCUCUCUCCUUGAGCAUCUGCACGGCUUGAGCCAAGCUGUGCCACGGCACACUAUUCGAGAGAUACUUGAUCCUUCCUGUCAGAAGAAACUUAUGUUGGGAGAUCAACACCAGCUUGUGCGCUUCUCCAUAAAGCCUCGUCAUGUAGAACGGAUUACACAUGCCCAGAGACUGAUGAGCACCCUUAGAGUGCGCUGCAGCAAGAGUCCACCUCUUUCCUUGUGGGCUGGAUGGGUCCUUGAGUGUCCUCUCUUCAGAAACUUUAUCAUCUUCCUCAUCUUUCUGAAUACAAUUGUACUGAUGGUUGAAAUAGAAUUGCUCGAAUCCUCAAAUACCCAACUGUGGCCACUGAAGCUGACUCUGGAGGUGGCAGCUUGGUUCAUCUUGCUUAUUUUCAUCUUGGAGAUCCUUCUUAUGUGGCUAUCCAGCUUUUUCCUCUUCUGGAAGAAUGCCUGGAAUGUCUUUGACUUUGUUGUCACCAUAUUGUCCCUGAUUCCUGAGGUUGUGGUGCUGGUAGGGGUAACAAGCCAUUCAGUAUGGCUCCAAUUGCUGAGGAUCUGCCGGGUGCUAAGGUCUCUUAAACUCUUUGCACGAUUCCAUCAAGUUCGAGUCAUUAUUUUGGCCCUGGUCAGGGCCCUCAAGAGCAUGACCUUCCUCUUGAUGCUGCUGCUCAUCUUCUUCUACAUUUUUGCCGUGGCUGGUGUCUACUUCUUCGAGAAUUACACCCGUUCAACUCGCCAGGACCUGGAGUAUCACAUGUUCUUCUCGGACCUGCUGAAUUCCGUAGUGACAGUGUUCAUUCUCUUUACUAUGGAUCAUUGGUAUGCACUGCUUCAGGAUACCUGGAAGGUGCCUGAAGUCAGCCGUACCUUCAGCAGCAUCUAUGUCAUCCUCUGGUUGUUACUUGGUUCCAUUAUCUUUCGAAACAUCAUAGUAGCCAUGAUGGUUACUAACUUCCAGAAUAUCAGAAAUGAGCUGAACAAGGAGAUGACACACCUGGAGGUUCAGCACAAAGCCGACAUAUUCAAGCAGCAGAUUAUCCAGAGGAGACAAAACCUAAUCCCUGAGGCACAGAGGUCAAGCAUUAGCAAAAUGGAUGCCAGAGAUGCCCAUCAACAAGGGGAAUCUUUGGACUUAACAGAAGCUUCUAAAGAAGAGUCCAAACACAGUGCCACUAAAGAGAGUUCAAGAGCAUCUAAGUCAAAAACAAAGAAGUCCUUGUCAAAAAUGAAGAAGUCUGCAUCUUCCUCUUCCUCCUCAUCUUCAUCUUCCUACUGUUCCUCUUCUUCUGGCUCCAGAUAUUAUGACCUUAUUGGUCAGUUGGACUGGGAGACUCAUGUGCACCAGAAUCUGCCUGGGCUAAUGGAUAUGGAUCAGGAUGAACGUGUUGUUUGGCCUAGGGAUUCACUCUUCCGAUAUUUUGAGUUGCUAGAAAAGCUUCAGUAUAACCUAGAGGAGCGUAAGCGGUUGCAAGAGUUUGCAGGGGACGCAGGUUUGAUCUCUGGUCGGGGAGUUAAGAUUCCACAUGCCAUGGGGCAACAGCCCAUGUGCCGCAACUACCGAGCACACGUGCCACAGCUAGAGAGAGAAGCCCGCGCGCCGCAGGGAAGAUCCAGUGUGCCACAACCAAGACCCAGCACAGCCAAAUAAAUAAAUAAAUGUUUAAAAAAAAUAGUAAAGUUGGGACUUCCCUGGUGGUGCAGAGGUUAAGAAUCCACCUGCCAAUGCAGGGGACAUGGGUUCAAGCCCUGUUCCGGGAAAAUCCCACAUGCUGCAGAGGAACUAAGCCCGUGCGCCACAACUACUGAGCCUGUGCUCUAGAGCCCAUGAGCCACAACUACUGAGACCAUGUGUCACAACUACUGAAGCCCACGCACCUAGAGCCCGUGCUCUGCAACAAGAGAAACCACCGCAAUGAGAAGCCCGUGCACCACAACAGAGUAGCCCCUGCUCGCCGCAACUAGAGAAAGCCCUCAUGCAACAAUGAAGACUCAACACAGCCAAAAAUAAAAUAAAUAAAAUAAAUUAAUUUUUAAAAAAUUCUCUAAAAAUAAAUAGUAAAGUUUGAUUUAAGCUGAGAACUACCUGCUCAAAAUUAUUUUCCCUAAAUUUCUCAUUUGAGAUUUCACCACCUAGAGAUUAAUUUGGAUCAAUGAAUUUUCCCUCUAAAAAUACAAAAACUAGAAGAGUUAGGGGCAAUUUUUUUUUAACAAUUUAAUGUGGAUUAGUGUUAUUCUCCUAAUACCUAGCUGAAGUCAACCCAAAGUGAAAAUAUCAAUGGGAGAAGAGGAAUGUGUGUGUGGUGGGCACAGGAGAGCCAUAAGAGGAAUUUAUAACAUUGGAACAUGGAAUUUAGAGCAGGAUGUCAGACAGGCUUUGCCUACUUCGAAUAUUGCUUUGUUAUCCUGCUCUUUCCAACUGUCCUCAGCCCUGCCUCCCCAUUUGUCCUGGGGAGAACGGUGGAAGGGCAGCGAAGGUAGCAAGAUGGCUUCUUUAAUCCUGAUUAAUUCAUCUGUGGCAAAGAGGACAGACUCAUGUGGCUUAAUUUAGAGUAAAGAUUAGUAAAAAUUUGAGUGGAAACCUAGAACCCAGAAAAACAGGGUCUUCACCAAACAUUUGUAUGUUCUGAAUAUUCUUAGCUCUCCAGCUUCACAGUCUGUUU